AAGGAAACCCUCCACUAUACUCCCAUUUUCCACACAACUUCAGCCUCAUCCUUUUGGCUUCAAAGAAUGAGUCUGUUUCAGCUCUCCCCUACGCCAGUGUGAGGAUCAUGAAGGGCUUUGGGUCACCUGGCCACAGGGCAGCCUUGUCCUCUUUGACCCGCAGUGGUGGAUGGAGGUUGUUGGCCUGGCUGCUAGGUGCCCUGGAGAGUCUCAGACUCAUCUCCCGCCCUUUGCCUUAGGGCCUUGGGUGCGUGUGGAGCCAGCCUUGGAGAGGCGUGGGUAGUUGGGGGCGGAUUCCAUCGUCUCCGAGUGGCUCGCGGGGCGGGGCUCCGGGACUCGGGUGCAGGUUUGGCCGGUUGCUGGUGGGUGGGGUCGGGUACGUUAGGCCCCGCCCCUGCGUCCUGAAACCUUCCGAGGCGCUCAGGGGGCGUGGUUCGUGCGCCGUGACGUCAGGACGCCGGUGCCUUCAGACGCCGCUGUGCGGGCGAGCGGGCAGCGGAGACCCGCGCUGGGACCGUUCCGACCUGAGGUUCGGAACCCGCGGUGCGAGAACAUGGGCGCUCAGCUGAGCGGUGGCCAGGGCGCCGCGGAGCCGCCGCAGCCCCAGCCUCAGCCCCAGCCGCAGCCCCAACCCCAGCCUGCGGCGCCGGAGGGCCCUGCUCAGCCCCGGCCAGAGCCCAGUCCCUGGGGGCCGCUGGACGACGUGCGCUUCCUCAUCGCCUGCACCUCCUGGUACUGACUGGCUGCCCUCCGCAGUUAGCACCCGCCGCCUCCUGUCAUCCGGCCCGCUUCUCCUGGUCGGGCCCUUGUCUUUCCCCACCUUCGCCCACCCUGGAGGUGCGCGGAGAGUCGGGGAGCCCGAGGGGGACUGGAAGGAAGCCUCCGCAGCCUGGCCUCAGGGCGCCGUCUUUCCUCCGGCCCUUCCCGCUACCCUGGAUCUGUUCGCUUCAUAGCCUGCACCCAGACUCGCUCAGACCUUCGUGUUCUUGCCCACCCCACAGUUUCUCCGGCCGUCUGGGUCCUGGGGCAGGCUUCCCGUCACUGGCUUCCAGAACCAGGUCAGGACUCUUGGUAAGAAGACCCCAAGGCUACUGACCUCACCUCACCUCAGUUUUCCCUGUCACCAAGAACUAGGCUCUUGCUUUUGUCUUGGUCAUAGCACCUUGUGUCUUGACUUCAGAAAAGACCUUGCUGCAGUGAACCUGCCCAUCCAUACCUCUUCUGGGAGAGGCGCCAUCCUGGGUGUCCACCCUGGCAUUAUCCGGUUGUAUCACUGGAACUCCAGUCACAGAGGGCCUCCAGGGCCACCCUUUUGGAGAGAGAGGGCAUCUGAUUUUGGGGGCUGGCAGAUGAGAUGUGUGGGGCAGCUCCCAGACACCCCAAAGCAUCCUGUCUCCCAGAAGCUUCUUUAGGCCACUCAGAACCUGAUCCCUGUUCCGACAGUCCAGGGAAAUGACACACUCUGUAUUUUUGUUUUAUUUAGAAAUGAUUUAAAAAACAUUAUACAAAGGCU